GCAAAGGUGGGGAUGGAUGGGAUGGGAUGCAAACAACAAGCCUUCGCGGUGCAAGGGAAGCUCAACCUAGUGAUUUCGUCUUGCAACAAGAUAGACGCAAGCCUAAAUAUACUAUCCCAUACACACCACAAGGAGUUCUUCGAUUUGCCUAGCUGUGUUGUCUGUGCAUUGCGUUAGUUGUCUGCGCUACUCUGAAUCAUUGGGUGGCACAGCCGAACAGCCCUUGGAGAGAACAAUUUACAUUUCCUUUUUUAUCACUUUUCCGGCAUGCGCGCAGUUGAACGCUGGACACUCUCUUGUCUCAUCGAGCUAGCCUUUCUUCUCUUCUCUUGACCUGCCAUCGUGAUGUCGAACCUCCACCCCUUCAGACGGUCUCAACCAGAACUACCAACAAAUCCUCCCAGCCCGCUUCGUCAUGGCUCGACCGCAUCAACCAAUUCCUCUGUUUAUUCCUCCUACUCAAACUCCUUUGUUCCUAGCCGUACAAGUACCGUGUCCUCGAACUCCUCUGGCGGAUUCAUCUCAGAUUCGAAUGCUCAAAAGGGAAGGGUGAGCAGAAUUGGGGAAAGGUUUGAACGAGCCUCCACGCCACCAAGUGCUAGCGAGACCUAUGGAAACAUUCGUCUUUCUUUGCGCCCACUCCCACAGGCACCCAAUCGCGCAUCUCCUCCGCCAGAACGGGUCAGUCGACAGCGAAGCCAGACAGUGACCACCGCGACAUUUCAACAUGACAGUAUACCGAGCGGAAAAGUUGCCAAGAUUGAGACUUAUGACGGUGGCGAUAGUAUGCGACUACAGGAAAACACCGAUAGCGCGGAACGGGAAUAUUCGCCCUCCAUCCGACGACAGCAUAUCCGCACACAAUCCACCCCGCAUGCUCCAGCCUUACCGACCGCAUUUACAGCCCCAGAGCUUGAAACCUUUCAAAAGUCUUCCACUCGACAUUUGCGGACUCUUUCGAGACUUGCGCAAACCGAAAGCGAAGAUUUUUCCAUAGCAUCCGUCAUUCCCUCAGUUGCUGGUUUGCAGGGUCGCCGUCGGCUUAAGCGUGCAGACUCCAUUCGGGCGUCAAAAUCUCCAGCGAGUCCUCAGAAAGGUAGAGCAUCCGCAUGGGCAGAAAGCAGCUGGAUUGACAAACAACGACAGUUUAUACAAGCUUACGAGUAUCUAUGCCAUAUUGGAGAAGCUAAGGAAUGGAUUGAAGAUGUUAUUCACAAGUCUAUCCCCCCCAUCGUCCAGCUUGAAGAGGCUCUUCGGGAUGGAGUCACACUCGCCGAAUUGGUGCAGGCCUUGUAUCCGCACCGCACUUUCCGUAUAUUCAGACACCCUAAACUGCAAUACCGCCAUUCUGAUAAUAUUGCUCUCUUUUUCCAGCUUCUUAAGGAGAUCGAACUCCCGGAUUUAUUUUGGUUUGAGCUGAUCGACUUGUACGAAAAGAAAAACAUUCCCAAAGUGAUACAUUGUAUCCAUGCCUUGUCUUGGCUACUAUAUAAAAAGGGGAUCGUUAACUUCCGCAUCGGGAAUUUGGUUGGUCAACUGGAGUUCGAACAUCAUGAAUUGGAACAAGUUCAGAAAGGUCUAGACACGUCAGGGGUUCCUAUGCCCAGUUUCUCUGGUAUGGGGGCAAGCUUUGGCGCGGAACCCGAGCCGGAACCGGAACCAGAGCCAGAGCCGGUCGAAUCGGAGAAGGAUAGGAUUGAUAGAGAGCUCCAUGAGAACGAAGUCAUUAUUUCAGACCUUCAAUCUCAAGCAAGAGGAGCUCUUGUGCGUCUGAGGCUUGGGAACGUAAUGCAGGAGUUGUGGGAUAACGAAAGUGCAUUGAUCGACCUACAGUCAAGGAUACGAGGAGAGUGGUCCAGGGAAAUAGUGGGUUACCGAUUGAGCAUGCGACGGUUUGCUGUAAAUUUGCAAUCAUCGGCACGCGGAUUCUUGGUUCGAAUGAGAUCUCAACACAGCAAACAAUGCUGGAAAGAGAACGAGGCAGGCAUCCUGAUGCUUCAAAGCCUUGUUCGUGCUAAGAGUCUCCGUUCGCAUGUUCAAUUAUUGAGAACUAGAGCAAGAAAGGAGGAGUCUGGAAUUAAACAAAUCCAAGCAGCCAUCAGAGGAGCCUUGGCUAGGGGCCAAGUAUACGACCAGUACGAGCAAAGCAAAGAUGCCGAAGUCGAAGUCCAAUCCCUCCAGGCCGCUAUUCGAGGCAUGUUGAAACGACACAGUGUUUCUCAAGAUAGAUUGGCCCUAGAAACUGGAACUCCCGCUAUAACAGUGCUACAAUCUGUCAUUAGAGGCCUUAUGAAGAGAAAGUCUUACGAUUCCCAGAAGUUGCAGCUGGCGAAAAUGAGCCAUCAGUGGAUUACUCUCCAGUCCAUUGUUCGAGGAUCUGCUGCCAGAGGAAGCUUUCAGGUUCUUCGAACUGGGCUGAAAGCCCAACUACCAUCAAUUAUUGAAGUUCAAAGUGCCCUCCGCGGCGCUUCUCUGCGUACAUCGGUUGAAGAAACUAAAAAUUCACUCCGUGAUAACGAGAAAAAUAUUCUUACUCUUCAAUCUUUGUCUCGAGGACUCCUUCUGCGGAAGCGUCAGCUACUCGAUCGAAAUUCUCUCUUGCAGCAGAAUUCUGUAAUUGCCAAACUACAAGCUCUUUCGCGAGCUGCUAUGCUGAGAAUAGAAAUCGGAAACUUCCUCUGUGAGCUCGAAAGGUCAAGUGAAGAGGUUGCUCAGCUCCAGGCCCUUAUUCGUGCGAUGUUCGUCAGGCUAGAUGUUGGCCAGGCCUUGGCAGAACUGGAGGCGGAAGAAGAUAUGAUAGUGGACUUUCAGUCCAACACCAGGGGCCUUCUUAUACGACAGAAAUUUGCGGAGAAACAGCGCUUCUAUCGGGAGAAUAUGGAUAAAGUUAUAAAGGUUCAAAGCUUUGUGAGAGCCAAGAUCCAGGGAGAAGCUUACAAGAGCUUGACCAGCGGAAAGAAUCCUCCGGUUGGCACCAUCAAAGGCUUUGUCCAUUUGCUUAACGAUAGCGAUUUUGAUUUCGAUGAAGAAAUUGAAUUUGAACGUCUACGGAAAACAGUCGUGCAACAUGUGCGACAGAAUGAAAUGGCCGACCAGUACAUAACGCAAUUGGAUAUCAAGAUUGCCCUUCUCGUGAAAAAUAAGAUCACGCUCGACGAAGUCGUGAAACACCAAAAACAUUUUGGUGGCCACGUCGGAGCUCUACUACCUAAUAGCGACCUAUCGUCUAAAGAUCCAUUUGACCUGAAAGCCUUGAAUAAGACAUCUCGACGGAAACUAGAGCAGUAUCAGGAACUCUUCUUCGUUCUUCAAACGCAGCCGCAAUAUCUUGCUAGACUUUUUAGACGCAUAAGGGAGCAGGCUACCCCAGAAAAGGAAUGCGAGCGAAUCAAGCAUCUGGUUAUGGGAUUAUUCGGUUACUCCCAGAAGAGGCGCGAAGAAUACUACCUAAUAAAGCUCCUUGUCAGGUCUGCGAAGGAGGAGAUCGAUCAUUCAUUUUCACUUCAAGACUACAUACGGUGCAAUGCUUUCUGGAACAAAUUAUUCGCUGCGUAUACGAAGUCCCCGAAGGAUCGGAAAUUCAUGCGGGAUAUUCUGGGUCAUCUAGUGAAGGAGCAUAUUAUCGAAAACACCGAACUUGACUUGGAGAGCGACCCUAUGCAGAUCUACCGCUCCACCAUCAGGAACGAGGAGCUGCGCACUGGCAGGAAGAGCAGACGCCGAAUAGACGUUCCUAAAGAAGAGGCGAUUAGGGACCCUGAAACGAGAGAGACAUUUGUUCGCCAUUUGCAAGACCUACGUGACAUUGCAGACCAGUUUUUUACAUCGCUCGAAGAAUUCUUACCUCGCAUGCCGUUCGGAGUGCGAUUUGUUUCACAGCAAGUUUAUGAACAUCUUUUGUCUAGAUUCGAGAAUGAGGAUCAUGGAUACCUCCUGCAGGUUACUGGCCAGUGGGUUUGGAAAAACUAUUUGCGUCCGGCGAUAAUGGAACCAGAAAGAUGUGGUGUGGUAGAUCGUGGUUUAAAUCAGGAGCAGAAGCGAAACCUGGGAGAAAUCGACAAAGUAAUAGCGCAGGUAGCAUCAGGCCGUCUCUUUGGUAACGAAAACGUGUAUCUCCAGCCCCUGAAUACUUGGGUUGAGAAGGCGAUCCAGCGGUUAGGAGCUAUAUGGGGUAAUUUGGUUACCGUGCAAGAUGCGGAGUCCUAUUUUGAUAUCGAUGCCUUCAACGACCUAUACGCCAAAACGAAACCAACACUUUAUAUAAAACUUUCUGACAUAUUCUCGAUCCAUCAGCUUGUUGCUGCGGAGAUAUCCACUAUAUGCGUCGACCAGGAUGAUGUGAUCAAGGAAGCCGUUCGAGAUCUGGGCAGUGUCAAGAGCAAUGAAAAUGAGUUCAUGAGCGUGAGCUCCUCCGAAAUUAGCUUGACAUUAACGCCCAAACUGCACAAUGUCGAAGACCCCGAUGCUGAAACAAAAGCCCUCUUUAUGGAAACAAAACGAUGUAUUCUGUAUAUCAUCCGCGUCCAAUCCGCUGCAAAUCUAAUGGAAAUCAUGGUCAAACCGCCCACGGAAGAAGAUGAGGAGCGCUGGUACGCGCUCGUUCGGGACGAGUUAUCCUCAAGUAGUCGCAAACGCGGCGCAUAUUCGGACGCAAACUCCCUAAUUGACAUAGGAUCCAUGAGCUAUCAGGAUCUAAAGAGCACCGCGUUAGAGAACAUCCUUCGCCUGGAACAAGCUGGACGUAUAACACGGCAAAACAAUUACCAGGACCUUCUGAAUGCAAUCGCAGUCGAUAUUCGGACAAAACAUCGUCGGAGAAUACAGCGCCAGCGAGAGCUGGAAAGCGUCCGACUUACUCUUGAGCGAUUGAACGAUCAAAGUGUAUACUUGGAGCAGCAACUGAAGACUUAUAACGACUACAUCGAACAAGCCAUGAUAACUCUGCAGAAUAAGAAAGGGAAGAAGCGAUUCCUGAUGCCAUUCACUAAACAAUGGGAUCAUGAGCGUGAAUUACAACGAUCCGGUCGCGUUUUCAAGUUCGGCUCAUUUAAAUAUUCGGCCCGAAAUCUCUCUGAGAAAGGCGUCCUUGUAUACUGGAAAGGAUAUAACGAGCGACAAUGGGACCGAGUUGACCUUACGAUUUCUAGCAACCAAGUUGGGCUUUUCACUGUCGAUGGAAGUAGUGGCAAUAUGAUGAUUCCCGGCGCCAACGCCCAGGUUCCGCUAAACGAUCUCCUCGAGGCGCAAUUCGACAAUACGCAGUUCAUGGACUUUUUCGAGGGGGCAUUGCGGGUGAAUGUCAAGAUGUUUUUGCAUUUGAUUAUGAGGAAAUUUUGCACUGAGUGAAAUGCAUUGAUGUGGUCGUUUUUCUUAAGUUCUUUUCGUUCUUCGAUCUUCUUCUCUUUUUUGUUUCUUUUGUAAGUUUCUGGUUUUAUGUUUAUGUGAUAUUGAUACACCACGGACGAAUAUUUUGCAGCUGAUUGCACUGAUACGAAUUUUUAUAAGGGGGCCGGGGUUGUUGUUUCUGAGAUAUAUCCCUUUAUCGUUCUUCGCUUGUUAUCCAGCUCUUCUUUUCUCUCGCUCUUUUCCUUUGGAAUCAAUUUUCUAUUACCCGACCCAGAUAACAGACCGUUAUAUUCCUACAUGACCACAUUUUUGCGCCUCUGCCUCCCUGGUCUCCCCUCCAGCAUAUAUACAUUGGAAGCAUGUGAACAGAUUCUGGAGUCGAGGAAAAGAAAAGGCUGUCUUUAAUAUUGUACCCUUUACAUAUCCUUUCGUUAUGCGCCCAGAGAUCUGACUUACCUUUUAUUAUUUUGUUUUACCCCUUUUAUUGAUUUAUCUUUUUCGGGCGAUUGGAGCGGGACUUGGUGGUUUCUGCUGUGAGAUUAGCUCUUUUGCUUCUAUCUGGCGUUCAUUAGUUAUAUUACUUUUCUCUUCUGAAUGUAUUUAUUACUUUAGUUAUGAGAUUUAGUAAUGAAAAGAGGAAACUUUGUUGACUCGUUCAAUUUGACA